UUCACAGCCAAAUAAUAGCCUUUUCUAUCUUCAAUUUUAUAUCUAUCUUUUUUCUUUCUAAGCCAUGGAUCAAGACAUGGAAAAAUACCGAGCAAGCAAUUAUUUGUUGCUAACGCCAGAAGAGGUCAGAGCAUGGGAGGUUUUUGGAUUAUUAUGGAGCAAAAAGAUGCAGAAAAAAGCAUAUAUCUCUGUACCACCGAGUGUGGAAGAACGAGUCCUUGAAAAUGGGCUCGCAAUCGCCUCUCUGAUUGCUCAAAAGGCUCUGCUCCAUUUUGCAGAGCCCUUGAAAUGGUUUGGACGGAUGAUUGAGAUGUCGUUGAACCUCGUCUCAUUCAAUAGAAACAUUUUCAUGCUCUUGCUAAACGUUUUGCGAUGUAAGGUGAAUGUACCUGACCGUACAUCAGGUGCUUUUGUGUCAUUCAUUGGACAUCUGGACAGCCGAGUUAAAUUGGACGAGAAUAUAAAACCUGGAAAUGCCAGAUACAAUUCAGCAUUGGCUGCAAUGGCGUCUAAAUUAGCUUAUGAGAACAAGGGCUUUAUCAAAAAAACAGUUGAACAACAUUGGAAGAUGGAAUUCAUUGAUAUGGACUACGACUUCUUGAAUGAUUUUCAAAGCAAACGCAACACGCAGGGCUUCAUGUUUCAUGAUCGAAGGGCCAAUAAGAUAGUUGUUGCCUUUAGAGGUACUGAGCCUUUUAAUGCAUAUGAUUGGAGUACCGACGUGGAUAUCUCCUGCUUUGAGAACAAGGAAAUGGGAAAGGUCCAUGGUGGGUUUAUGAAAGCUCUAGGCUUAAUAAAGGAACAAGGUUGGCCCCCUGAGCUCCCAGCUGAAGAAAAAGGCAAGAACUUGGCUUAUUACAGCAUAAGAGAGGAGUUGAGAAGAAGGUUGAAGGCAAAUAAGGAAGCCAAAUUUAUAGUGACUGGCCACAGCCUGGGUGGGGCACUUGCAAUUCUAUUUCCGGCUAUCCUGGCAUUGCAUGAAAAACCAUGGAAUGAAGAACAAGCUUUGUUAAAGAGAUUGGAAGGGGUUUAUACCUUUGGGCAGCCCAGAGUCGGAGAUUUUAAGUUCAAAAAGUUUAUGGAAGACCGGUUUAAAAAAUAUGGUAUAAAAUAUCUGAGGUUUGUUUACUGUAAUGAUAUCAUACCUAGAUUACCUAUGACUACGGAGGAUCUUGUUUUUUCCCUGUACAAUCACUUUGGGGCAUGCAUUUACUUCAAUAGCCGCUACAACGGGCAGAUACUUGAUGAAGAACCACACAAGAAUUACUUUUCGAAGUUCGGAGUGAUACGCAGGUUCUUUAAUGCAUUAUCGGAGCUUUUAAGGAGCCUUUAUCUACCAUUGUUGAAGGGACAGGAAUACACAGAGGGCUUACCGCUGAUUCUGAUGAUCAGGUUUCCUGCACUUCUUUUUCCAGGCAUGGCGGAUCAUAAUCCCCAAGAUUACGUUAACGCAACUCGAUUGGGAUCUAUCACAACAUUCGAUCAAGUCGAAUAUCCUAACAGUGACUCCAAGAAGACAAAUUGAAGUCAGUCCAAACCAAACUCAUCAUACAUUAAAUUCUUUGUCUAUAGCUCUUGGUGAUUUGUAAUAAACUAAUUCAUGCCAGCCGUAGCAUGACUUUCUGGUAUAACCACGUACAGACUUUUAUUUCUUUACGAAACAAAGAUUUCAUUGUGUAUAAA